AUGGGCACCCUCCAGAUGAGCGGACAGAAUAAAAUGACGGUAGCUGCUCUCGCUAUGUCCUCCACAAUGAUUCAGCUCCUGAUGAAAUCGUUCGCAGCUCUUUCUGUCUUCGCGGCGUCCGUUACAGCAGUCCCCCAUUCUCUCGAGAAACGUGCCGCCCCGCAGGGCAUCGAUGUCUCUGGAUUUCAACCUUCCGUCAACUGGAACACAGUCAAGGCUAAUGGCGUGUCUUUCGCAUUCAUCAAAGCCACCGAGGGGACCACGUUCAUAAGCUCCAGCUUUUCGAGCCAGUAUGUAGGCGCCACCAACGCCGGGUUCAUUCGUGGUGCCUAUCACUUCGCCCACCCCGAUUCCUCGUCUGGCGCUGCUCAAGCCAAUUUCUUCUUGGCCCACGGCGGUGGCUGGAGUCCAGAUGGGAUCACCCUUCCUGGGGCUCUUGAUAUCGAAUAUAAUCCGAACGGCGCCGAAUGCUACGGCCUGAGCGCUGCAGCUAUGGUCGCGUGGAUUCACGAUUUCUCAAACACUUACCACGCGGCCACUGGUCGUUUCCCAAUAAUUUACACGACGACGGACUGGUGGACGACAUGCACCGGAAACAACGCAGGAUUCGGUUCACAGAAUCCGUUGUGGAUCGCUCGGUAUGCCAGCAGCAUCGGAGCGGUACCCGCGGGCUGGAGCUUCGCGACGUUCUGGCAAUAUGCAGACUCUGGACCGAACCCAGGCGACCAGGAUAUCUUCAACGGGGACGCUGCUGGUUUGAAAAGAAUGGCGACUGGUUAA